GUUCUGCUUUGAAUCCUGUCCAACUCUUUACUUUUCCCCUCUUUGAAGGCUCUGAGGGGGAUAUUGAAGUUAGCAAUUUCAUUAAUCGUCAUCGCUCGCUUUCUGAACUGCUGCUCUUGAGCCUUUGGUGUGUUGCUUGUGUAGUAGGGUGCCCAAGGUAGCGAUGCGGCUGCAAUUGGGCUCGACGUUGGUGGCGUGGUUGGCGCUUGGUGGGGAGGUGGUGGUGGCAGAGGCAGAGGUGAAGACGGAGACCAAGGGAGUCAAGAAUGUUGCGAUUAUCGGUGCUGGAGCUGCCGGUUCCUCGGCCGCCUACUACCUGCGCCAGUACGCAGACGAGGCCGACGUCAAGGUCAACAUUACAAUCUUUGAAAAGACGGACCGCAUCGGCGGCCGUACGCUGACGGUCAACGCCUACGACGACGCGCGGCACCCCAUCGAGCUGGGGGCGUCCAUCUUCGUGGCCAUCAACCACAUCCUGUACAACGGCACGCGCAACUUCAACCUGUCGACGGCGGCCAACUACCGCGAGGCCGGCAGCCCGGAUGACGUGACGGCCAUCUGGGACGGCAGCGACGGCAGCUUCGUCUACGAGACGACGGACGGCACGGCCUGGUGGUGGGACGCGGGCAAGCUGUGGUGGCGAUACGGGAUGAGUCCCUAUCGCGCGGUGAACCUGGUCAAGGAGGUGGUGGGCAAGUUUCUGAAGCUGUACGAGGGGCCGUAUUUUCCGUUUCGGUCGUUGACGGCGAGGGCGUAUGAGUUGGAGCUUUUGGGGGUGACGGCCUUGACGGGGGAGCAGUUCCUCAAGCUGCACAAGAUUGAUGAAGCCUUUUCGAGGCACAUCAUCCAGGCUGCUACGAGAGUGAAUUACGCUUCGAACCUGGCGUAUAUUCAUGGACUGGAGACCAUGGUCUCCUUUGCCACGGACGGCGCCAUGUCUGUGGCUGGCGGCAACUGGCAGAUAUUUGAUGAAAUGGUCAAAACCAGCGGUGCUGCCAUCCUACGCAACGCCACCGUAUCCUCCAUCCGCUUCGCCAAAGGCAAGGCGUCGUCGUCUUCCGCCCCCAAGUAUGAGAUUUCUACAAGCUCAGCCUCUGCUGAGCCGGAGCUUGUUGACACCACAUUCGACGAUGUCAUCAUCGCCUCUCCCUGGCAAUUUAGCAACAUUGAAGCCGGCGAGGGCGUCAUCAAGCACAACAUUGAGGAGAUUCCCUACACCAAGCUCCACGUCACGCUCUUUGCCUCCCCCUUCAAGCUACACCCCGGCUUCUUCAAGCUUCCCCCGGGAAGCAAAGCGCCCAGCAACGUCUACACAACGCUCGCCAAGGAUGAGGAGCCAAAGGUUGGGGCCGACGGCGUCGGCAAGACAGGCUUCUACUCCAUCAGCACGCUCAGGACGGCAGUCAACCCCAAGACCGACAAGGCGGAGUUUGUGUACAAGAUCUUCUCGCCCAAGCCCGUGACUCCAGAGUUCCUGUCGGACCUCCUCGGCGUCCAGGUGCCCGAUACUUUUACGGACGGCAAGACGAGCGACGUUGUGGAACCCAUCUCGUGGUACUACCCGCACUGGUUCUACUCGUAUCCGGUUGAGCUCCCGCGGGUGACGUUUCAGGAUCCCAUCCUGGGGCGCGGGCUGUACUACACGUCGGGCAUUGAGAGCUUCAUCUCGACGAUGGAGACGAGCGCCCUGAUGGGCAUGAACGUGGCGAGGCUCAUUGUGGACGAUGCGGCGGGCAUUUCUCGCGAGACUGUUCCUGGCGCUGUGAGUGAGGAGGACUUGCUGCUGGGUAGGGUCAAGUUGGACAUUGUUGUUGAGGAGGCGGGAGAGCUGUGAUUGACUUGGAUGGCGCCAUGAUGUUGGAAAUUUGGACGAUUUACAGGGACU